AAUUGACUCACUUCUAGUUCCUCGGUUCCUACUUCCAAGCUCUCAGCUUCGAAGCCUUUCCUAACCAACGGGCACUCCGUGAAAACGGUAGUGUAGUCUAUACAACCAAAGGGGUCUACCAGGGGAGGGGAGACGCUUGGUCUACGAGUGGUGGGUGCAAAGAAAUGGCGAUGAAUGGAGACAUACUAAUGCUGGAAGCGCCGCCUGGUGUGUGGCGGCCGAGCUGGUCAGUUGCUAGGUGGGAAGAGAUGGUAGAUGCAUUGGCAUAUAUCGACGACGAUUACGGAAAACCAGUUGUUAAACAAGAAGUUGACAGAUUAGUGGUGGAGCAGUUGCGGCGGAGCAUUAAGAAGCCCUCUGAUUUCCUCAAGGAACUUCCUCCGGUCCCCAAGUUGAAUUUCGAGAAUCACCCUAUGCUUGCCAGAGAAUAUGAACGUGUGAAAUCAGGCAAGCCUCCUGCAACAUUGGAGAUGUCUCGAUAUGGACUAGAACCACCUCCUGUAAAUAAAAGGCAUGACGCAGAGGCUUGGAAGCCUGUUCUUGGAAAUGCAUAUGGCAUGUUACAACACCAAAUAAUAAGACUAGAGAAUCUGGAUUUGAUGGCAAAGCAUGGUGCUGAUGUUUGGAAACUUUACAAUCAACGGCUGGAGAAGUUCUUGUCCAGGAUGCAGGCAAUUGCUUUGCAAUACAAUGAAGGAAUUGAAAUUGUGAACCGUGAAAGGAAAUUUCAUCAGAAAAACACUGCAGUUGAGCUUAAUGCCUUGUCUGCACAGUGGAACGAGCUCUGUGAGAAAAACAUAGAGAUGGAAGCUGCAUGUGCUAAGAUUGAAACUGAAAUUGAAGAACUGAAAAUAGAAGCUACAGAAAGAGGCUGGAGCUUGGAGGCUGGAGCUUGGAGGCUAACAUAGAGAAUGGUACUUUGAGGCACUUGGAACAUUGAGGAGGAUCAAUUAAUCGUGACCAAUGUGUAUUUGGGCACAUUAAUCAAAAAUGGGCAAGGGUCUGGCAGAUUCCAAGGAUCUUCCAGAUUAUCAACUCAGGAAGGCAAAUCCAAGAAAAUCAAGGUUUAAAAACUCAGAAUUGGGUACAAUUCAAAUUGACUUGGGAAUCAAUGAGAUUCAUCUUAGUAUCUGGCUAAGCUAUCUGUAAAUUCUGGCUUGAUUUUUAAAGCCAUAAGAAAAGUAUGGACGUAAAUGGAUCGUCAAAAUUUUGUAUUUGGUUCGUGUUUGUAAAUGUUUAGGGAAAUCAUUGCCCAAGAAAUCAAUUUUCAAAGUCUAAAUGCAUCCAAAAGCUAAUCGGGUGUAUAUGGAUAUUAUUUGAUACAUUUAGUUUUGAUUAUAAAAGGUGAUAAAAUAAUAGUUUUAGAGU